CACAUUUCCGUCGUUCAUUAAUUGAAGUUAUACACCUAUUUAAUUCACUUUUGAUAUUCAACUUCCACUGCAUUGGAUUUGAUUUUAUUCCUUUAAGAUGGUGUUAUCACAACAACAGAAGCUCAGGCUCGCCUCAAACAUAGAUGCUACUCUCCAGAAAUAUACUGUAUCUGACGAUGCUGAAUCUCAGCCUAGGGUCAAUGGUUUGGUGCAGGGAGUUAGUGAUGACAAGGGCACAGUGUAUUUGAAAGGUUCGGGCUACAAAGACAUUGGCACUGGUGCCAAGCUCGAUGUGGAUGACAUCUUUGGCGUCUAUUCUUGUACCAAGACUAUCACAGCUAUGGGGGCUUUGAGGUUGGUGGAUGAAGGUAGACUCGACUUGGAUGCUCCUGUGACCAAAUACUUACCGGAAGUAGCUGAAAUUGGGGUCAUUGAUUAUGAUGCUGUUAAUGAAGAGACUGGUGCCUACGAGAAGUUUCCAACAGCUCCAAAUUCGCCAGUCACUGUGAGACAAUUGCUCUUACAUACGUCUGGAUUUGCUUACCCAUUCACCCAUUACGACGUUCUCGUAUUGGCUACUAAGAACAAGCCCAAGGAGUUCAACCCCAACGAUCCUACUAGAGCGUAUUUUACGAAUGAGAAGACACCCUUGGUUCAUGAGCCUGGGUCCAGGUGGAUCUACGGCUACAGUUUCGACUUUCUUGGGUUUGUCAUUGAAGCUGUAUCUGGCAAGAAGUUGGGUGAAUACUUAAAAGAGGCCAUCUUUGACCCAGCAGGAAUGACGAGCACAACUUUCCAUCUCACGGGCGACAAGUCCAACGUAGUCAAGUUGCAUCUCAGAAGAAGCACUGGAAAACUCACUUCUCUGCCUAAGGGUAUCGCUCAUGACCCUAUUCUAGAUUUGGGUGGACAAGGUGUUUUCACCAAUGUGAGCGACUACUUGAAAUUCUUGAGGGUGUGGUUGAACUAUGGAAUUUCACCCGAUACUGGAAAACGGAUUUUGAAGGAAGAAACGGUCUUGAAUGCAAUCAAAGACCAUUUGCCAGCAGAAAUUGAGAUGGAUGCAUUUCCAGGCUUGAGUACGUUCGAUUUAGAAGGCGAGGACUUGGCUCGUGAAGGUUUUACAUUGACGGGAAAUGCUCGUGUCAGCAACAGAUUGCCCACAGGCAGACCCGUGGGUUCUAUAUACUGGAGUGGGUUUGCCAACUUGUACUACUGGAUAGACUUUGAAAAUAAGAUAGCCGGAUUCCAAGCUGGGCAGAUAAUGCCAUCUAGAGACCCAGAAUCUGUUGCGGCGUUCAAUGAGUUUGAGACGGCGGUGUAUAAGUCGUUAAAGGGUGAUAGUAAGUUGUAG